CCAGAACGGUUGUCUAAUCAGUCGACAUGUCCAUAACAGCAAUUGAGGCAACGAAAGUACAAACGGACGCGAAGAAGGAUUACAGUCAAUACGACUUCGCAAACCUUGAGCCAUAUGUCCACCCCCCAGAAACGAAGGAGGAUCUUCCAUGGUCAGAACUCGUCACACUCGAUCUUGAAGACUAUGCCCGUCCCGGCGGUAAAGAACGUUUAGCCAAGCAACUUGAACACGCUUUUUACGUGAAAAACUUUGGCUUGACACAGGAGCAGAUCGACCAGCAAUUUACCCUUGCCAAGCACUUCUUUGAGCUGCCGGUCUCUGAGAAAGAAAAGUACGAAAUUAAUUAUGCUGAAGCGGAUUACAAUGGCUGGCGUCGACCGGGACGUUCACUAGUGGCAAGUGCCAGGGACAACAUCGAGGUCUUCAACAUCCCUAAGUUCAUCGAUGACUUCAAGGGCAAGUACAAUUACCCUGCCCUUCUGGAAGCACAUAUCGACGAAAUCGAGGUCUUUCAGCGUGCACUCCACGCCAACGUGGUCCUCCCUCUCCUGCGACUCUUCGCCAUCGUACUGCAACUGCCGGACGAAGAUUAUCUAGUCAAGCAGCACACGUACCAAAAGAAGUCUGAAGACCACUUCCGUUACAUGAUCUACUACCCCCGAACAGAUGAGGAGUGGGCGGCUGCGAAGAACGGUGCCACUGGCGGCCACACCGACCUUGGAACAGUAACACUGCUAUUCCGACAGCCCGUUGCUGGGCUGCAGAUCCUCGGCGAUGACGGCAACUGGACGUGGGUGCAAGCUCAGCCUGGGACCAUUACCGUGAACCUCGCAGACACGAUUUCGCACCUCACGGGUGGCUGGCUCAAGUCUUCAGUGCACCGUGUCGUGGCGCCACCACAGGAUCAGCGAGAGUUCAAGCGGACUGGACUGUUAUACUUUGCACGUCCGCACAACGACACCAAGUUGCUACCCAUCACUGACUCUCCAGUGCUGGAGAAGGAAGGCGUCAAGCCACGAUUCGAUAAGAUUGUGACGAUGGAGGAAUGGGUUAAAGCUAAGCAGACGCUGCAGCUCAACCCAGAGAUUGCGGCGAAGAGAUGGGCGGAACGAGGUGACGGGAAAGUGGAGGUAUUGGCUGGGUUUCACGACCAAAAGUACAAAGAGUAGGGAUUUAUCAAGCAGUACUCUUAAUGAAACGGCCUUUGGGUCAUGUCCAUUUGCAGUAACAUCUCGAUCUUGUUCAAUGUUUGCAUGUUUGUUCGCGGUGUGACUACAUACAUUUAAUCGGAGUAGGAACCGAGCAUAAUGAUGGGUUCCGUGCGCCAUGAAUGGUGCAGGGAGACAAACUCGUGAGGAAUUGAAGUGGAUUAGAAGUAUUUAAUCGCCUAUUAGGUCACUGCUAGGUAGGGGUAGAUCGUUUA